CAUUGAUGAAUGUUAAUGCUAUCGGAAGAACAUGGAAUAACCAGCAAAUUGCAGAAGAGUGCAAAAAAUGCUCAAGAAAUCUAAGAAAUGAAACAGACAGUUAUUUGAGAUUUGAAGAAAAGCUGUAUAAAUGUAGGGAACAUGGAAAACCCCACAGUGAUUUACAGUCCUUUCAGAAGCAUGAAAGGAGAAAGACCGGACAGAAACCCUAUCAAUAUGAGCAAUAUGGGAAAGCCUACACUGAUCUCAGUGAACGAACUCACCCUGGGGAGAAAAACUUUGUAGGUAAGGAAAGUGUGAAAGCCUCCAGCAUACCCAGUGGUGUUCAAAUCCGUGAAAGAAAUCACAGUGUGGGGAGUCCAUAUGUAUAUGAACAAUGUGAGAAAAUGUUUAUUUCUGCAUACCAAAUUCAAGUUCAUGAAAGAAGACAUGCUGGAGAGAAGCCCUGUGUAUCUAAAGAAUGUGUAAAAACAUUAGCUCAUAGUAAUUCCUUUCACAAACAGAAAAUAAUUCACAGUGGGAAGAAACCCUAUGUAUGUGAACAAUGUGGGAAAUAUUUCAUCCAAAAAUGUCACUUUCAAGUACAUGAAAGAAGUCACACUGGGGAGAAACCCUAUGUAUGUACACAGUGUGGGAAGGGAUUUGCUAAUACAUCCUCAUAUCAUAGACAUAGAAGAUCCCACACUGGGGAGAAACCUUUUGUAUGUAAACAGUGUGGAAAAGCAUUCGGCCAAAAAAGUCACUGUGAUCGUCACGAAAGAACUCACACUGGGGAGAAACCCUAUGUAUGUAAGCAAUGUGGGAAAUCUUUCAGCACACACAGUCAAUGUCAAAGUCAUGAAAGAACUCACACUGGGGAGAAACCCUAUGUAUGCAAGCAGUGUGGGAAAGUUUUCAGUGAAAAAAAUAAUUGUCAAAGACAUGAAAGGAUUCAUAGUGGGAAGAAGCCCUAUGUAUGUAAGCAGUGUGGGAAAGCAUUCACUACAUACCGUGACUGUCAAAUCCAUGAAAGAAGUCACACUGGGGAGAAACCAUAUGUGUGCAAGCAGUGUGGGAAAGCGUUCAGUACACAGAGGUAUUAUAAAAUACACGAUAGAACUCACACUGGGGAGAAGCCCUAUGUAUGUAAGCAAUGUGGGAAGUCUUUCAGCCAGAAGUGUAACUUUCGAGCGCAUAAGAGAAUCCAUACUGGGGAGAAACCCUAUGAAUGUCAGCAGUGUGGAAAAGGAUUUGCUGAUAAGUCUUCACUUCGUAUACAUAGAAGAUCCCACACUGGGGAGAAGCCCUAUGAAUGUCAGCUAUGUGGAAAAGGAUUUGCUCAUCACUCUUCCUUUUAUAGACAUAGAAGAUACCAUAUGGGUGAGAAGCCAUAUGUGUGUGAGCAGUGUGGGAAAUCCUUCAGCCAGAACAGUCACUUUCAGUCACAUGAAAGAACUCACACUGGAGAGAAACCCUAUGUGUGUAAGCAAUGUGGGAAAUCUUUCAGCCGAAAGAUUAAUUGUCAACUACAUGAAAGGGUUCACAGUGGGAAGAAGGCCUAUGUACGAAAGCAGUGAGGGGAAGCAGUCACUGUGUACUGUUACCAUUAAAUACAUGAAAGAAAAA